GUGCCCAGCAUUGAUCCCGGAGCCGGAAAGAAGGAUUGUUUUUCUGUCUAGUUUAGACGGUCUUGUCUAUGAUGGAGUAUAGAAAUGUGAGAUUUGUUAUCUCAAGUUCAGAUAGCAUCAGUAACCACUUCGCCAUUCUCUUAAAUAGGGCAGGCUUCUCUGAUUGCAACAAUCGCUCUAUUCCCUUUGCCUAUUAGGCGAAAAGAGUAGCUGAAGCUUUAAGAAAGAAAGUGUGCUUACUUCGGGGAUGAAGAAUCAGUUGAACUCACUCGACUAAGAAUCCUAGAAAGUGGUGCCCUUGGUUCAGUCUUUAGAGAAAGUGCUGUUGAUUCGGUCCUUUCUUUCAGCAGUUGGCGCGUAAUAUCCAUCCCCAUCUGUUAUUGUAACUGACUCUCUUCAAUAGAUGAGCCUUGGUCGUCCUAUCCGCAAGAAUGGCAAGCGCAGACCGGGAACCUAGGCCAAUUGAAAGUCACAGCCGUUUGAUAGCCCUUUUCGUAAGAUCCCUUAUCAAUUGUCCUAAUAGAGUGAUUUACCUGAUUAAAUGAAGGCGCAGGAUUUCCCACCCGUUGUAAAAUAAGGGAAGUUUCCGUCCACACCUAGCUAGCAUCGAAGAGCAUUCAUUCCGUAUCCUCCAUUAUCCUACUUUCUUUCCUUUCCGUUUUCGAAACUAAAGAAAGAAGAAAAAAGCUAGCGCUAAGCAAAGGGCGAGGAUAAGCGCACAGAGAGAGCUUUCAAGUAAAGAUGUCAGAUCGAAAGCCUCCGGAAUUGGAUAAGAGGUGAGGUUCACCUUUCACCCUAGUGGGAAAAGAAGAAGGAGUUUAUUCCCUUUGAAGAAUAAAUGCUUUUAAGCCCCCCUUUGUAAGUGAAGGAAAAAGAGGCUGUCUCAGAUCAUGGGAGAGUCAUCCGUCUAAGGAGAAGAGGCGCCGAGAUAUUAAACAAAGGUCUUGUCACGAGCUGGGGCAACGCUUUUAUCCGCAUAGGAUCUGGGCUCGAACCAGCGCUUUCCAGAUUAAGAAUCCGGAUUUCCAACCUUUCAAUAGUCUUAGUGCGCUUUCGAUGUAGAAAAUAGCGUAUGUAAAGGUAAAGAAAGUAGGUAGUAUGUAGGUUUGUAUGAUAUGGGCUUCAUUCCUUCAGUUGGAGUUCAUGCCUUACCGAUGUAUAUAAAAAUUAUCGUAGUGUAGUUCUCGUAUUAUAGUAGUAGGCAACAAAGUAGCUUUAACGUGAACAGCGCUUUGUCCUUUAUUUAUUUUAUUUCUAAAGAGGCGGCAACUGCGCUGAAUGAUAAUAAAGCCAAAAGUCCCAUGCAUCCUUUCUUUCUUUGGUCAACAACCAAGCACAACUCAAUAGAAUGAAUUCUUCAAGACUCCUACAUGACUUUCUGUCUGGAGGGAAUCAAUUUUUCUCAAUCAAUCACUACACUAUGUUUCCACUCCAUUUUCAUUACGAAGAUGUCUCACGUCAGGAUCCGUUGCUCAAACUGAAUCACGCCAACGUUAUGGAAGUUCCUAGAUCGUGUGAAAUAAGACUAGUACCAAAGGCACCCUAUGAUUUCAUAAUCCAAAAUGGAAAAUUGGCUAUGGAGAUUCCGCGCGGUCAGAAAUUAAUACAGACACACAGGGGUUCGACAGGAAAGUCGUUUCGAUCAAAUCCAUUCUUGGGGUCAAAUAAAGACAAAGGAUAUGUCAGUGACCUAGCACGACAAAGCACUCUCCGAGGGCAUGGAAUGUCUAAUUUUUCGGUAAGAAUCUCGACAGUAAUGUCUCUGGUGGAUUCUCCGGUCGAAAGACGGCUAAACUCAAUUCAAUUCUCGAUGGAAACGGAGUUGUUCGAAUUCUCCCCGGAACUGGAAGAUCAUUUCGAGAUCUUCGAACAUAUUCGAGGGUUCAAUGUGACUAUUGUAACUUCGGCCAACACACAAGAUGAGACUUUACCACCGUGGAGCGGCUUUUUGCAAAAAGAUGAGGGAGAUUCUGAGUAAGAGAUGUUAUGGACGAAUUGUUUGAAGCGUUUCUUCCCUUUAUUGAAAAAGUUGGAGAAGCUGCCGGGCUUAAGGAGGACUCUGAUGCCACAUCUUCACUUGACUUCAAGCAGGAAGUAGACCAGCCGUCUGAAGCCUUUAAGAAUAGAAAGAAGGUUGAGGCUGAUUGGACCCUCUUCGUGCCUGACUUCUCUAUUGAUCUGACCGGCUCGAUUGAGACAGAGAGUAAAGGUGCGAAUCGGCUAAAAGGCUGAGUCCGAGACUGGGAGAAGAACUUGCAAGAAAUGCAGACUUCGCUCCGCACCUUUAGGUAAAGAUCCCCAAUGUCCAAUCUUCCUUUUAUGGAGAUAUUCUUUUAUGUAACUUCCGGUAAGAAAGGGGAUAGAUUAUCGAAAAAAAGAUGUGCGCACGAGAGGAUUCUAACUUUCAUACAUAGAAGAAUGAUUGGCAAAGCACUCGAACAAAGCCCUUAGCUUCUAACUUCAUUCAUUCGAAAGGUCGCUGGAAUUUAGUUAGGAGCAAAUCCGUCACUGGACGAGGAAGGAAAGGGAAGGAAGAUAUGUACAAGAGAAAAAGUAUAUUAGAAAGCGUUAACAAGACUAUCAGACCAAGAACAGAACUGCUGGAGGAACAACUACCUAAGGCUGAAAAUGACAUAGAAUAAGUGGAAUCUCAUGCACACUUUGAGGGAGGUGGUUAACCGGUGCUUAGAGAACUACCUGGGAUGCCGAUAGACCAAGGGAAUGGGUACGUUGGUUACCCUGGGCAGAAUAGUGGUACAAUACCACUUAUCAUUCGGCAACCAAACAAAGACCGUUUGAAGUGGUAUAUAGGCGCCCACCGCCUCUAAUUACGUCCUAUACUCCUUAGUCCAACAAAGUGCAUCAAGUUGAUUGCGACUUACGCUAGGGAUUGUGUUUUGCAAUUUGGAAAGGAGAAUUUGCAUGGAGCUCACAGGCCCGGGGACCCUCUAAGUAUGGGGAGUGCCACUACUGCUUUCAUUGUUCUACUAUUGAGUUGAGUGCAAGUCUCGCUCAUUGAAUUGCCGCGGUGGCCUCAAGUGCUGAUUUUCAUUUCUUCGUUGAACGUUCCGGUUUUGGUAAGCGGUUUGACUGCUUUCCUUGAGAAGGUGGUAGAUUGUGGCUAACACUAUUCCGAAUCGGUGUCCCUGGGGCCCAUACAGUACCAGGGGAGCGAGCCUCUUUCCUAUCCUGGGAAGUCAGACAGUUAGCUUUCAUCAGUCCUCGGGUCACUAAACUUGAGGAAAAAGGCAUAUAAACUUAGUCUUGCAAGAAAAUACUUAGUAGAUUGAGAAGCAAUAAAGUUAGAAAGAGCUUAGGUGCCUAAGAGGAAAUCAGGAAGAAGAAGUUCGAGACUUUCCCUCUCCUUACUCAGAUUGACUUUCUAACCCACCUUGAUUCAGGCAAGCAAGUAUGACCAGCAAGCAGUCUUUCUUCUUCUUUCUCUUUUGUUGAUAGAAGCUUCCCCACCUAAGGAGAUUGAGCUGCAAGCUUCCUCUAAUACAAGCUCGAUCGGAUUCGAUUUUCUAUCUCUUCAAGCCCGGAUGUAGAAAGUUAGUCAAGUAUGGAAUUAGACUUAGCAGUUACAGGGGACUGAAGCCUAAGAGAAGAGGAAGUCAGAGAUUGAUAGUCUUUUCUCUUAGGGCAAAAGCUCGUACUUGAGAAUCAAAGUCAGACUCAGUCUUUGGAAUCCCUUAAAGCAAGUCUAAAGGCUUACACACAGCUCUAUUAUUUGAUGAAGUUGCAAUUGAGCUUUGCCCGUCUAUUCACUGAUCAGGGGACUAUCAAUGAAGAUUCUCCUUUAGCACCUAGAGGAAAUUCCGUAGGCUAGACUUUCCAUUUGUGAGAUUGAGUCAUGUCAGUAUUCAAAGAAGAAGUAGAAAGAUGUAGGGGAAAGAAUCCAUAUCUUUAUUAACUUCUCUGAAUGUAGGGCUUGUAGUUGAGAAAAGUACCUCUAACUAUCACUUCAAGCCGUCAACUGUCCAAUAAGCGAGUGAGGUGAGCAAAGGAAAGAUAUGAAACUUCAACAGACUCUUCAACAGCUGCGCAACCUUAUCCUCAGUUUGACUUAU